AGGAUACUGGGCUGGAUGGACCUUUGGUCUGAUCCAGUACGGCCAUUCUUAUGUUAUGUUAAGUCAGACAGGACCCUCUGUAGUGUGACUCCCCUCCCAGGGCACAUUCUCACUAGGCAAAGCUCCUUGGCUUCAGUGUCUCCUUGGGUCUGACCUUGGACCGUUCAGCACCACUGUUCCACGCCGUGAGCUCCCCAUAGUGUGAGUCAACCCGAAUAGGACAUCUGGUGAAGCCUUACACCCCCCCAAAAGGGUCAUGUACCCCCAGCUUCAUAGUCAACAGGGACACUCAGCCAGCAAGGUAAAACAGAAUGGUUGAUUAGUUGUCUAGAACACAGCAUAGAACAGAUCGUGUUAGCACAGAAAUCAGGAAGUUACAACGAAGUCCAUCUUAGGGGGGAUCCAGAGCCCUGGGCUCUCCCCCCAAGUUCCAACCAGGAGACUGACCAGCUUCCAGCCGCCCAGCUUCAGUCACGCACAGCUGCUCCUCUCCUUCCUUUGUCUCUUUUCUGAGCAAACAGAUCACCUAACCUCCAUCUCUCACUUUGUUCUCCAACACCUCCAGUUGAUUCUUGCAGAGAAUGGGCCCUGGCCAUCAGUUGCCAGGCUACAGAGUGUCAGCCAUAUCACACACCCUUGUCCCACCACUUAGAUACUUGAAUAACACAUAGGGGAAACCGAGGCACACAUGCAGUAUUCAGACAAAACAUUAAGAACAUUCCCACUUUAUCCCAGCAUAACAAUUGGUAUUCCAGGUGUGGGCAGUGUUCCAGAUAUGUUACUGGGCUCUGAGCACCCAAAAAUCUCCCCCACCUACAAUAUGGCAUGGUUAAUGAGUUUCUAGUCUUCACCAAGUUUUUCAAUGAUCAUGACUUUCAUUUUCUUUUGGAAAAAGAACAGGAGUACUUGUGGCACCUUAGAGACUAACAAAUUCAUUAGCGCAUAAGCUUUCGUAGGCUAACACGGCUGCUACCCUGAAACCUGUCAUUUUCUUUUGGCUGAUUUUGAAUCCUACUUUGGCAUCCUCACAUUUGACAUUGAUAGUAGUCUUUGUCAUGGCAUCGCCAUCUGCAUCCAACAGAACAAUGUCAUCUGCAAAGUCAGAUAUUUCCUCUACUCCACAUAACUCUUGUAUCUUCCUUUGAUGUUGUUCUUCACAUCAUGUGAUCUACCACAGUGCAGAAAAGAAGAAGUGAUAAGAUGCAACCUGGCUCCACUUCAGUGAUAUCAAACUAAUCCAUAUCUCCACUUACUAUCCUUACACAGCAUUUUGAAACUUUCUAUAACAUCUUGACCAGUGGCGCUAUCUUUCUAGGAAGCCCAUAUUAUUGCAAGAACUUCCACGAUUCUCUAUGAAUGCCGUGGAAAGCUUUUGUGAAAUUUCUGAAGUUCAAGACUAAUCUUCUUUGGUAGGUGUGCCGUUUCUUAGUCAAUCAUCUCCAGGUAAAGAUGUGAUUUACACACAAUCUUUUCAGUCUAAAUCCUGCUAGCAUAUUACAGUUUUUCACCUAUAACCAGUUUGAUUUGGUUCAAUAGUGUACUAGAGAACACUUCCCCAGAUGCUAGAAUCUUUUGUUCCCCAUGUAGGUAAGGUGAUAUUCCCUUGUUUAUACUGCCAAAGUUCAUCCUAGCCCUUUCGGCCAUAGCAUUGCACUGGGAACUUGUGGUUACUGAUUAUCCACCAGCACCCCCAAAUGUUUUUCAGAGUCAGUGCUACCCAGCAUAACAUCCCCCAUCCUAUAAGUAUGGCCUGCAUUCCUUGUUGCUAGAUGUAUGACCUUAUAUUUGUCUGUAUUAAAAAACAUAUUGUUUGCCUGCCCUCAGGUUACCAAGUGAUCCAGAUUGCUCUUUAUCAGUGACCAGUCCUCUUCAUUAUUUACCACUCCCCCAAUCUUUGUAUCAUCUGCUGCAAAUGUAACAAUAAUGACUAAGCUUUCUUCCAUUUUUCUGAGAAAAAUUUUAAAUAGCAUCGGGCCAAGAACCUUCGGGACCCCACUAGAAACCCACACACUCUAUGAGAAUGGGAAUAAACUGGCAUGAAUACGUUUAGGCUGGAAAUUAGAAGAAGGUUUCUAACCAUCAGAGGAAGACAGUUCUGGAACAACCUCCCAAUACAGAUCACGGCCACGGAUGCAGACAGUGGCCCAUUCAGCUCCCUCUCCUACUCCAUCGGCUCCGGCAUUGGCAGCGUUGUUCCCACGCAGUUCAGCAUCGAUGAGCACACUGGGCAGCUGUGCACAGUGCAGGGCCUGGACCGCGACGAGGGGGCCACUGCCUAUGACUUCACUGUCACUGCUGUCGAUGGGGGUGGUCUGAACUCCAUGGUGUACGUGAAGGUUUUCCUGGAGGAUGUGAACGAUAACCGUCCGGCGUUCUACCCGCUGGAGUACGCAGCCAGCAUCAGCACGCAGAGCAUGCCGGGCACAGCCGUGCUGCGCGUCAUGGCCCACGACAAGGACGAGGGCCCCCAUGGGAAGGUGACGUACCACAUUGUCUCAGGGAACUCGCCCCCUCUCUUCUCUCUGCACAAGGACACAGGUGUUGUCUCCCUCUCGUGGUCCCUGAGUGGCAAAGCCAACACGCUGGUGCAGCUGGUGAUCUCAGCACGGGAUGGAGGGGGCCUGUCAGCCCAACCCAAUGCCCAAGUGAACAUCAGCAUCGUGGCUGGCACGGUCUCACCUCCUGUCUUUGAGCAGGCACAGUACUUCUUCACAGUGCCUGAGGACACACAGCAGGGGGCGAGUGUUGGGGCCGUCCGGGCCCAUAACCCCCCAGGUCACUCUGAUGACAUCUUUUAUUCCAUCUCCUCGGGAGAUCCCCAUGGCUAUUUCUUCAUUGACUCCAGCUUGGGACAGCUCCGCACCAGCCUCCCUCUCGAUCAUGAGGUCCAGGCGGUUCUGGUUCUCGACGUGCAGGCCCGAAGUGGCUCGCCGCCUGCCUACAGCAACACGCAGGUGAAGAUUUCCGUGUCAGACGUGAAUGACAAUGCACCAGCCUUCCUGGCCCCUUCUGACUCCAUCCUGCUGCCAGAGGCCACAGAGGUGGGGGCCACUGUCUACACGCUGCAGGCGGAGGAUCGGGACAGUGGUGCCAACGGGCAGGUGCACUUUGAGCUGGUGUCAGGUGGGGACGGCAUCUUCAGCGUGGAGCGCUCCUCUGGGACAGUGCGUGUGGUGGGGGCGCUGCAGUACGAGGCCAGUGCCGCCUAUGGCCUAGCCAUAGUGGCACGAGACAGCGGUGUGCCCCAGCUCAGUGCCACCUUCACCCUGCUGGUGCACGUGCAGGCAGAGCACGACCACGGGCCCAUCUUUGACACACUCACCUACCGUGUGGAGGUGCGGGAGGGCACGCCUGUCUCCACUCGCUUCCUGCAGGUGCGGGCCCUGGGCCGGGACACUGGUGCCACGCCCCUCACUUACUACCUGCGUGCCGAUGGCGACGCCGCUAGCUUUGGCAUCGUGCCCGAGAGUGGCUGGCUCUAUGUCAAGAGUGCGUUGGACCGGGAGACGCGGGACCUGUACAUGCUGACAGUGCUGGCGUCUGCAGGCACAGGCGGCACCAGCAGCGAGGCUAGGAAGACGGGCACCAGCACGGUGCGGGUCAGCAUCACUGACGAGAAUGACAACAGCCCCCGGCUCAGCGAGGAGCGCUACUUCUUCACCAUUCCCGAGAACCAGCCACCGGGCAGCAGGGUGGGCAGGGUGACAGCCAGUGACCGGGACACAGGGCAGAACAGCCGCCUCACCUACCGCCUCCUCCAGCAUGACCCCAACUUCCUCAUCCACAUGCAGUCUGGAGAGCUCACUGCCAAGCGCAGCCUGGACCGGGAGCAGCAGUCAAGCUAUCAGCUGCUGGUGAUCGUGCAGGAUGGGGGGACGCCACCCCGCAGCGUCACGGGCACCGUCUAUGUCACCGUGUUGGAUGAGAAUGACAAUUUUCCGGCUUUCCUUCAUGUGCUGGGCGGGCGGGAGCUCCUGGUGCAGGUGAGGGGGGCAGGCAGGUCCCACUUCAGACUCUCACUCUCCUUUCCCCUCUCUCUCCACCUGCAGGUGCUGCCAUCCUCCCGGGUGCUGCCACAGCCAGACGCCACAGUGAUUACACUGCACCCAGUAGAAGGGGUCAGACCCGGCUCAGUGAUUGGCUCGGUGGCGCCGCCUGAGCCCUCUGCACAGGGGCAUCUGACUUACACCCUGCUGGGGGGCGGUGGAGACGGCACCUUUGUGGUGGACAGCAUGACGGGGGAGAUCUACGCAGCGCGGGAGCUGGACUACGAGGUGGGGGCACAGCACACGCUGCAUGUCAGCACCGAGGACACACAGCGCGGCUACCCUGCCAGCCGGCUGGUGCUGGUGCAGAUCCAGGUGCAGGACUGUAACGACCAGGCGCCUGCCUUCCCAGAGGACCCCAUCACUAUUGUGGUGCCCGAGAACACCCAGGCUGGCACCUCCAUCUUCACCUUCCAGGCCCAAGAUGGAGACGGUGCUGGUCCCAACAGCCAGGUGUGCUACAGGCUGCUGCGCCAGGAGCCCCCCGGCUCCCACUUCCAGCUGGAUGCCCACUCUGGGCUGCUGACCCUCCAGCGGGGGCUGGACCGCGAGGCUGCCCCCUCCUUCCUGCUGGUGGUGGAGGCCACAGACCAGGCCCGCAACAUCAGCCAGCGCCGCUCCGCUGCUGUCACUGCCCGUGUCUUUGUGACAGAUGAGAAUGACAACGCGCCCAUCUUCCUCUCACCAGCCACCGUUAGCGUCAUGGAGGACCAGCCCACUGGUUUCAUGGUGCUGCAUUUGGUGGCACGGGAUGGGGACCUGGGCGAGAAUGGGCGGGUGAGCUACACGCUGCAGGCAGGCAACGCCGAGGGCCGGUUUCACCUGAACCCCAGCACAGGUGCCCUCUCCAUUGUGCGUGCUCUGAACCGGGAGGAGGCGUCCCAGCACAACCUGACAGUGGUGGCCAUGGACCAUGGCUUCCCGCGCCGCUCGUCCACGCAGCUGCUGACAGUGCUGGUGCUGGACGUUAAUGAUGAGGCACCUGCCUUCGAGAGGGCUGAGUAUGAGGCCAGUGUCAUGGAGAAUCUGCCAGCGGGCAGCCCCGUGCUGCAGCUGCUGGCCACAGACUGCGACCUGGGGGCCAAUGGGCAUGUGUCAUAUGGGGGCCUCUCUGGGGGUCCCUUCUCCAUCCACCCACAGACUGGGCUUGUCACCACCAUGCACUCCCUGGACCGGGAGAGGCGGGAGCAGCACGUGCUAACAGUCUAUGCCCAGGACGGUGGCCUGCCCCCCAACCUGGCCAAAGUGACAGUGCGGAUCUUAGUGGGAGAUGAAAACGACCAUGCUCCGCGCUUCGAGAGCGAGUCCUGCUCCUUGGAGGUGCCCGAGAACCAGAGCCGCGUGGCGCUCUACACCCUGCGGGCCACAGACUUGGAUGCGGGCGAGAACGGGCGCCUGGAGUACCAUGUGAUGGGUGGAGACCCUGCCCAGGAUUUCAGCCUGGACCCUGCUUCUGGUGUGUUCUCCACCUCGCGCAGCCUGGACCGAGAGCUGGUGGCCUCUUACCAGCUGACUGUGGUGGCACGAGACCAUGGCACACCCCAGCGCAGUGCCACCAUGUCUCUGAGUGUGCGGGUGCUGGACCUCAAUGACAAUGCACCGCGGUUUGCACAGGCAGCCUACACUGUGGAGGUGCCUGAGGACCUGGCCGUCGGGGCACUGGUCCUGCAGCUGGUGGCACUGGACCCAGAUGAGGGCACCAACGGGCAGGUCUCCUACUACCUGGGCAAUGAGUCACUGGGCAUGUUCCAGGUGGAACCACAGAGCGGGCACAUUACCAGUGCCCAGGCCCUGGACCGUGAGCGCCGCCCCACUUACAGCUUCCUGGCCAAAGCCGUGGACUCGGCACCCUGGGAGCCCAAGAGUGCAGUUGUGCGUGUCACAGUCACCGUGCGAGACGUCAACGACCAUGCGCCUGCCUUCCUGCACAGCCCGCUCUCUGUCAAUCUCUCCCGCCACACGCCACCUAAGCAGGUGGUGGCCACUAUGCGGGCUGAGGACAAAGAUGCAGGUGCCAACGCCUCCAUCCUGUAUCGGUUUGCCACACCCAAUCCCAGCUUCGCCAUCAAUUCCUACACUGGCACCAUCCAGUUGCUGCAGCCCCUAGGCUCUCUCAGCCAGCGGCAGCGCACCCUCUUCAUCCUGGCCACCGACUUGGGCCAACCAGCCCUCUCCUCCACUGGUGUGGUGGUGAUCUACCUGCAGGAAGAGAGCUACCGGGGCGUGCGCUUCCCCCGCAGCACCAAAGACGUGGCCAUACCUGAGAAUGCCGCCACAGGCACCGCGGUGGUGAGCAUCCAGGCCAUGCACGCAGGGGGCUCCUCAGGGCGCAUCACCUACAGCAUCGUGAGUGGCAAUGAGAAGAAUGCUUUCCUCAUCCAGCCCAGCUCAGGUGCCAUCUCAGUGCAGGACUCCAGCAGCCUGGACUUCGAGUCAAGCCCUCGGCUGCGCCUCGUAGUUCAAGCAGAGACUGCCACCUCCUUUGGCUUCAUGGCCGUGAACCUCAACCUGCAGGAUGUGAAUGACAACUUGCCACGCUUCCAGCUGCAGAACUACGUGGCCUUUAUCUGGGAGUCACAGAGCUACGACUCCCCCGUCAUACAGGUUUUGGCUGACGACCCGGAUCAGGGUGCAAAUGGUCAGGUGACCUAUGCCAUCAACCAAUCGCUGCCCAUGAACGGGCUGUACCACAUUGAUGCCCAGAUGGGGACCAUCACCACUGCAGCCAUUCUGGACAGGGAGAUCUGGUCGCAGACCCGGCUGGUGGUGACAGCGAUGGACAGAGGGAACCCGCCCCUCAUCGGCUCGGCCACGCUGACCGUGGUGGUGAUGGACGUCAAUGAUAACAGCCCCACCAUCCCCCUGCCCUGGGAGGUGCGGGUGCCCGAGAACACCCUGCUGGGCACUGAGAUCACCCAGGUGACAGGGAACGACGUGGACUCAGGCCCAGCGCUCUCCUACACGCUGGUGCCAGAUGGGGGCGCAGCAGGAACCUUCAGCAUCCUGCGCUACGGGGGCCGCAUCGCCCUAACAGCGCCACUGGACUACGAGCAGUGCAGCCAUUAUGUCCUGACCAUCCGCUCCUCCGACUCCCGGCACGAGACUGAGGCCAACCUCACUGUCAUUGUGGAAGAUAUCAACGACAAUGCGCCCACCUUCAGCCAGGGCCUCUACCAGGUGACAUUGCUGGAGCACACGCCAGCAGGCAGCACCAUCCUCACGGUCAGUGCCACAGACAGGGACUCUGGCAGCAAUGGGGAGCUCACCUACCACCUGGCUGUGCCCAGCUCCGACGUCUCCAUCAACCCCAGCAACGGAACGCUGUUCGCCUCCCGCCGGGUGGAGCUGGAUGCAAACCAGCCCACGCUGGACCUGGUGGUAGAGGUGCGUGACCAUGGCUCUCCCAGCCUCUCGGCCUGGACCACAGUGCAGAUCCAGGUGCUGGAUGUGAAUGACCACAGCCCUACCUUCCAGCAGGCACACUACAAUGCCUGUAUCCCUGAGGACCUGCGCCCGGGCACCACCGUGCUAACGCUAGAGGCGGGUGACGCUGACCUGUCCCGGGAGAACGCCGGCUUUGACUACACCAUUGUCAGUGGCAACAGUGGCAAUGCCUUCCAGGUGGAGAGCCACAUGGGCUGGUCUCGGGGGCACCUGCGCACGCAGGGAGCCCUGGUGCUGGUGGAGGCGCUGGACUUCGAAGCCAUCCCCAUCUACAACUUGACAGUGGCAGCCUCAGACCGGGGUGUGCCACAGCGCAGCACCACCGUGCCAGUGCUUGUCACCGUGCUGGAUGUCAACGACAACCCGCCAGUCUUUGCCCGGGCCGAGUACCACACAGCUGUGAGCGAGAGCACCCCCCCGGGCACUGAGCUGCUGCGGCUGGCUGCCCACGAUGCCGACUCAGGCUCCUAUGGCCAGGUGCACUACAGCAUCAGCUCUGGCGACCAGCGCAGGCUCUUCCAGCUGCAUGAGGCCACAGGCGCCCUGCGCCUGGCACAGUCCCUGGACCGAGAGACCCAGGCCCUGCACAGCCUGGUGGUGCAGGCCUCUGAUGGCCCCGGCGGGCACUUCGCCCUGGUGCCAAUCACCAUUGAAGUGAAGGACAUCAACGACAACAUACCCUACUUCCCGGUGGAGACACUGAGCGCCAGCGUGCGGGAGAACCUGCCGCCAGGCACCCUGGUCACCACUCUGCAUGCCAUCGACGCUGACACUGGGGCCUUCGGAGAGCUGCGCUACGCUGUGCUGGAGCAGGCAGUGGGGGAGCUGGGACCCCCUGAGGGCAGGGAUGUCUUCUUCAUCAACCGGACCUCCGGGGAGCUGCGCUCCCGCCUCGCCUUCGACUACGAGCGUGCCAAGGCCUUCCAGCUGCUGGUGCAGGCCACGGACGCUGGCAAUGCCUCAGCCACCGUCACCGUGCGGGUGCUGGUGACUGGUGAGGAUGAGUACAGUCCUGUCUUCCUGAGCCCGGACUUCAACUUCGAGGUGCCUGAGGGUGCCCACAAGGGCCAGAGCAUUGGCCGAGUGUUGGCCACUGACGAGGACGAGGGUGUGGAUGGUGUGGUGCUCUACUCUUUAGCUAAGCCCUCACCGUACUUCGGGGUCAACCAGACCACUGGCACCAUCUACCUGCGUGUGGACAGCCAGCCGCAGCCAGCAGGGCGGGCCAAGCGGGAGCCGCGGGAGAUGAGCCUGGAGGUGCAGGCCCGCAGCCCCCUUCCUUCCUCCCGCUCAGCCUCUGCUCAGGUCUCCAUCGACGUCACCCACACCUCCUUCGGCCUGGCGCCGGACCUCAACUUGCUGCUGGUGGUAGCUGUGGCUGCCUCCCUGGGUGUGGUGGUGGUGCUGGCCGCCGUGGCCAUCAUCCUGGUGCUGGUCCGCUCCCGGCACCAGCAGGGACACAAGAAGCCAGAGCAGGACUCGCAGCUCAACCGCAUGCAGAGUGGCUCCUUGCAGAAGCUAGGCCAUGAGGAGCCGGUGCUGCCCGGCAGUGACCGCAUCUACCACCAGGCCCUGCCAGGCUAUGGCAGCGAGUCGGCCGGACCCUACCCGCGGGGCGGCUCCCUGGACCCCUCCCACUCCAGCGGGCGUGGCUCAGCCGAGGCAGCCGAGGACGACGAGAUCCGGAUGAUUAACGAAUACCCACGUGUGGCCAGCAUCACCUCCUCCAUGCAGGAGCACAUCUCAGCCCGCGGCCCCGACUCAGGCAUCCAGCAGGACGCUGACCAGCUCUCUGACAUCUCCUGUGAGCCCACCAGCCUGGAGAGCGCCCAGUGGUUCAAGAGCAAAAAGGGCUCCAGCCUGCUGCUGCCUGGGCAGCCGCCCCAUCUGUACCGCGAGGAUGGGGGCAGUAGCACCUUCCUGGGCGUGGGCUGCGGCCUGAGCGUCUCCUCCCACCCCAAGGACUACACCUUCCCUGAGGACGGCAAGCCCUCUGUGGAGGGCUCCCUCACCGCCGUCGUGGCCAGCGAGGAGGAGCUCCGCGGCAGCUACAACUGGGAUUACCUUCUGAACUGGUGCCCCCAGUUCCAGCCCCUGGCCAGCGUCUUCACCGAGAUCGCCCGGCUCAAGGAUGAGAGCUCCCUGCGCAAGCCCUUCCAAGCCAAACCCAAGGCAGAGCCCAAGCCCCGCAUUGAUCCUCCGCCCCUCAUCACCUCGGUGGCCCAUCCCGGGGCCAAGUCAGUACCCCCCAAGCCAGCAGUGGGCAGGACCUUCCCGCACCUGUCCUCCCUGCGCCGCUCACCAAUCAGCCACGAGGGGUCCAUCUCCUCCUCUGCCAUGUCGCCCAGCUUCUCACCCUCGCUGUCCCCACUGGCCGCCCGCUCCCCCGUGGUGUCGCCUUUUGGUGUCUCCCAGGGGCCCUCGGCCUCCGUCAUCAGCGCCGAGCACUCGCUGGAGCUCCCUGAGGAAGCUGAGCUCAGGAUUUAGCCCCAGGCUCCCAUGGACUCUCAGCCCCUCCUGCUAUUCUCUGCAGCCUCCAGGCACUGCAGGAGCGGGGGCGGAAGGGCUGGAUCUGCCACCCCCACAGGCUGCUUCAUUCUCAGACCCCAGCAGGUUGCUGGUUCUGGUUCCAGUCCCUCCACAUGGGCUGCCAGUUUCACUGCGAAUGUUAGCGCCCUGAUAGGCUACUUGUGGUGGUGCCGGUCCCACUGCCUCAAAUGGCUGCCGGUGUCAGACCUGCUCUCUCAUGGUACUGUUUGCCCUGAGUGGUGUGGGGCCAAAGUAGUGUCCUCGCCACCCCCACUCGGGACUCACUCCUCCAGUCUUGUGGGCCAAGCUGCCCAGCUGGGGAGGGGGGGAGGGCAACAGCUGCACCUGCCUGGGACUGGGCGGAGGGGGAGGCAGACUGUGAGUCAGAGGCCGGGAAAGCAAGGCCAGGCCACCUACGCACUGGGUGAGGGUUUCUGAGGGGGGGACACAUUCCAAAGGGAUGGGGGGAGCAUGGGCCAGCGCACCAGACAUCAUGCCAUGCACAUGCACAGAACUCACUCUGUCCCCAACUCCCCAUCACCUCACCGUGAGGGCAGAUCCUGUUCCCUGCAGACCUGCCCAGACCCAGGAGAAAUCCCAUUCCCUGCAGGCCUGUCCAGCUCCAGAAUGGGGGGGGGAAUCUGUUUUCCACAGGCCUGUCCAGCUCCAGGAUACAGGGAACCUGGGGGACGGGAUACACUAACCUGCAGGACUGGCCAAACACAGGAUGGAGGGUCCUAUUCCCACAGACCCCUCCAGACCAGUGGGGAACAGAUCCUGUUCCCUGCAGGUUUUCCAGGGGGAAGGAGUAGGAAAUCUCGUUCCCUGCCACCCCAUCCAGACCCAGGGAAGGAAUCCCAUUCCCUGCAGGCUCGUCUGGCUCCAGGGGGCAGAUCCGGUUCCCCACAGAUCAUCCACACCAGGAGCUUCCCAGCUCAUGGAUUCUGUUUUUUGCUGCUGAGACAAGCUGCAUGGAGGAGCAGCUUUAGGAGGGCCAGAGACUGGUCACAGGGCUGCCACAGAACCUCACCUGCACCAGGGCCAGGGACACGCUUGGGCCCCUCCCAUGACUGAGCCGGUCCUGAGGCCCCUGGAGGGACAGGGCAGAUGGAGACAGCAUGGACCGCACCUGGGGCUUUCAGCAGCCGUCAGCCCCUCCCUGGGUGUGCCGCUGCACCUUCUCUUUCGGCAGCAAGACAGCAUCCAGAAGAGCCACAGUGCCCCCUUCCCCAGGCAGGGUGGGUCUGUGCAUCCACGAGGCCUCCUCCGGGGGAGAAUCCGUGCUGCUGCAAUGUCCUGCUGGUGGGAGUGCAGCCAUGAUGCCCCCUCCCCCACCAGAGGGGGGUCUGUGCAGUUGAAAGAGAUACCCCCUGCCCGUCUGCCCCUGGGCUGGGGUCCCUGCACCCAGUGCCUCCACUGUAGGGGCCCCAUAGUCCCCUGUGGGAGGCUGGACAAUUGGUUGUGGCAGCUCGUCUCCUCCCCUCAGUGUGGUGCUGGGAGCAUGGCCCAGGAACAUGCUCCUGUGGAGGCUGGUCCCCACCCUCGUGCUGCCACCCGUGUCUUGCUGCAGCCCAUCUUGGUGCCCCAUUGUCACUCUCACCUGCUCAGCCCUGGCACCAGAAUCAGGCCAUCCUUGCCCUGUGUGUUGCACACACCUGGAUCGUGGGGCUGCAAUUGGACAAAGGCUGCCUGCGGCCGAGAGACGAGCAGCGUGCUCCCCUGCCAUCCAGCACCAUGCACAGCACCCAGGCUGGGUGCAGGAGCACUGAGGGGAUGGCAGAGGCCCCCCCAUCCUGCCUCAGCUACAUUUGGAGGGCUACAUCUGUCUGUUCGCCUCCAUCACCAGGCCUGCAGCAAUAACCCAGCAGCAGGGGUAGGGCUGCGCUGACAGGGCGAGGCGGGCGCAGAGCGGAGCAAGGUGCAGCAGAUGUGAACAGGCUGUGGGGGGAGGGAAGGUGCAGCCACCUAAGGUGUGACUUGGUGGGUGUGGUUGGGGGCGGGUGCAGCAGGGGAGUGGCUGGGGUGCAGGUAGGUGUGGCCAGAGGAGUGGGCGUGGCUGGGCACAGGUGGGUAUGGCCCAGGCAUGCAUAACAGCAGGGGAUAGUGUGCCCCUCCCCCUGUCCCAGCUGUUGGAGAACUUCGUGGUUUGAUUGUGAAAGUUUCAUGCUGGAAUUUUGUGGCCCCAGCCGCGCCCCUCCCCCUCCAUCAGACCUGCCCCGCACCUCUCUGCACGCAGCCCUCCCAUCCCUCCUUUGCCCCCACCCCCCCGUGCCCAGCCUCCUCCAUCAGCCCAGCUCAGUCAUCUGGAGCCACUGUCCCCAGUGCCUGUUGGGCUGCUUUGCUGGGGUCAGCCCUGCUGCUCAAGGGGCAUUUCAGCCCGUGUGUGGCUCCCUGGCGCCCUCACUUAUCCUGGGACGGGGACAUGCAGGAGCACCUGGGGGGAGCCUGGGGUUGGUGGUGACAUGGGGGCCGGGAACUGAGGGGGAUGGCAGUGACC